AUGGGAAAAGAAAUAAGAAAAAAAUUUAUACCACCUCAGUCAGUUGUAGAUCAUCUCAAAGAUAUUGAUGGCAGAAAUAUAAAAGAUCUGAUAUGCUUGGUGGUUUUGGGCUAUUCUAGAACUGCACUGUGUAUGGAUUUUUUCCGGCUGCAGAACUUCUAUAUUUAUCGUAUGGUAAAGGAUACUGGUGAAGGUAUCCCAACAACUCCGAUCUCUGAUUCCUUCACUAAAGGGAAUGAGACCGAUCAUGUUGCAUUGUUAGCCAUCAAAGCUAAGAUAACCUCAGAUCCUCAUAGAGUGCUGAGUUCUUGGAAUGAGUCUACCAAUUUUUGCCUGUGGGAAGGUGUCACAUGUGGCCGUCGCCACAAAAGAGUGACAGUACUGAAUCUAACUGAGAAAGAAUUGGUAGGGAGUCUAUCGCCUUUUGUAGGAAACCUGAGUUUUCUACAUGCUCUUAUACUGACAAACAACACUUUCAGCGGCCAUAUUCCUCCUGAAGUUGGUCGUCUUUCUAGGCUGCAAACUCUUAACCUGUAUCACAAUUCAUUCGAACAAAAAAUCCCAGCAAACAUCUCUCGUUGCAUGCAGCUUAAAAAUCUUGAGUUGGGUUACAACAAACUCACUGGAGAUAUUCCUUCCCAACUUUCCUUGUUGUCCAAACUAGAAGUCCUCGGACUUGACUGCAACAACUUAACAGGUGAUAACCUUUCUCCUUUAUCAAAUUUAACUUCGUUAACAGCAUUGUACCUGUCUGGACGAUCAGAUACAGAGGGACCUUCUGGUUUUCGAGGAAGAAUCCCAAAUUUUAUAGGAAAGUUCAAAGACCUCCAAGUUCUUGCACUUGGAGGUAACAGCUUUUCUGGUGAGAUUCCUCCUUCUUUAUACGAUCUCUCAAAGAUCCAAAAACUCUCUUUAAAUUUUAAUCAAUUAACUGGGAGUCUUCCAUCUAAUCUUGGCUUCUACUUCCCACAACUUCGAUGGUUUCAAAUCGGAGAUAACCAACUCUCAGGAGCUAUUCCUAUCUCAUUGUCUAACCUUUCCAACCUCGAAUAUCUUAGUCUUGUUUGUAAUGAUUUUACUGGAAAAUUCAUGCUGGAUGAAAGAAAUAUGAAGAACCUGUCACAGGUACUUCUAUAUGAUGCCAUCCAUGGAAGAGGAGAAGCUGACGAUCUCAGUUUCAUAGACAAUCUAGUGAACUGUAGUCGGUUUGAAAUCUUGUUGUCUUCAGGAAAUUACUUUGGCGGGAUGCUUCCUCUGUCUGUAGCCAAUCAAUCUACCAAACUCCGAUGGCUAGAUCUUAGUAGCAAUCAGUUGUCAGGAAACAUUCCUUUGGGGAUGAGUAGUCUUUUGAACCUACAAUACCUUCAUCUAAAUGAUAAUCGAUUCACUGGAACUAUUCCGGCUGACAUUGGUAAGAUGACUAGGUUGCAAGAAACAAUUUUCUCAAACAAUCAGCUCUUUGGUAGUAUUCCCUUGUCCCUAGGAAAUUUAUCCUUGUUGAGUAAAUUGGAUUUGUCGAACAACAAAUUUCAAGGGACGGUACCUGCUACUCUUGGUAAUUGCAACAGUUUACUAUACCUCUAUCUCAGCCAUAAUAAUCUAGUUGGAAAUGUACCUUACCAGCUUUUCCAAGCUUCAGAGUUACUUCACCUCUUUCUUGACCAUAAUCACCUGCAAGGCUCUCUGCCUUCAGAGAUUGGUGGCUUAAAGAAUCUAGUAACUGUGAAUUUGUCGAAUAACAAUUUUUCCGGUACUAUUCCAACUAGUCUUUCUGAAUGUGUUGCUCUUACAAAUUUGUCUUUGAAAGGUAACUCAUUUUCAGGAUUCAUCCCUCCAUCUUUUAGCCAUUUGGAAGGUCUUCAUAUUGUCGAUCUCUCAUCUAACAAGUUGGCUGGACAAGUGCCAGAAUACUUCUUCAAUUUCUCCUCCAUGGUUUUGCUGAAUUUGUCUUUCAAUAACCUUGAGGGCGGAGUUCCAACCAAAGGAGUUUUUGCUAAUCUUAGUGCAAUAUCAAUUGUUGGUAAUCCAAAGCUUUGUGGAGGGAUUCCACAGCUCAAAUUACCAAGCUGCCCUACAUUGAAGGGAAAAAGGAAGCCUCCUGCAGUUGUCAUCGUUGCAGUCUCCAUUGUAGCAUGUGUGUUUGUAGGGGUAGCUAUUGUGACAUCGCUUUAUCUGAUUUGUACAAAACGUCGAAGCAAAGCUUCAGUUUCAGGGCUCUUGUUCAAGGAACCAUUCAUAAAAGUGUCAUAUGACAUGCUUCUCAAAGCCACUGAUGGUUUUUCUACUGAGAACAUGAUUGGUUCAGGUAGUUUUGGUGCUGUUUACAAAGGAACCCUUCUUGAGGGAGUAAAAAAGGUUGUUGCUAUCAAAGUGAUUAACAAUCAGCGUCGAGGAGCCUGUAAGAGCUUUGUAGCAGAAUGUGAGGCCUUGAGAAUUAUCCGCCAUAGGAAUCUUGUGGGAGUCAUCACUGCGUGCUCUAGCAUUGGCUUUCAGGGAAAUGUCUUCAAAGCUUUGGUCUACGAACUUAUGUCAAACGGGAGCCUUGAGAGAUGGUUACACUCAAAUCCAGAAGAAGAUGUUCAGUAUCAGAAUCUGACCCUUCAACAAAGGUUAAAUAUUGCCAUAGAUUUAGCACAUGCCCUAGACUACAUCCACAACGGCAUUGGUACUUCUAUCAUCCAUUGCGAUCUGAAGCCCUCCAAUAUUUUGCUUGACGAUGACAUGACUUCCCAUGUUGGAGAUUUUGGGUUGGUAAAGCUUAUUCCAGAAAUAUCUGAGCAACUCUAUAAUAGUAGCUCUGUAGGAGUUAGAGGAACUGUUGGCUAUACUGCUCCAGAGUACGGCCUUGGAUCUUCAGUGUCUGCAGCAGGUGAUCUGUACAGUUACGGAAUCAUUUUGCUAGAGAUGAUGACCGGAAAGAAGCCCACUGAUUUGAUAUUCGAAGGAGAUAUGAGCCUGCACAAGUUUGCAGAGUUAGGUUUGGCUGAUCAUUUGUUGGAGAUCAUAGAUCCUAAGCUUAAGUUUGAUGAUGUUGAAGAAAGAAACAUGGACUUGUAUGAUAGAAGGCCAGGCGGCAUUACUAAAUGUGUUUUCGACUGCAUAGCAACAAUGAUCAUGAUUGGGGUGAAAUGUUCCUCUGAAUUGCCACAAGAUCGAAUGGACAUUAAAGAUGUUAUCGGUCAGCUGCAUUCUCAAAGAGACCACAUACUCCUCUGUGGGAGGCGGCAUAGAUGCCAGCUUAUACUUUGA